UAGUCAAACACUUCUAUAUGUUUAUGCAGUCGGACAUACAAACUUAUUUGGAUUAGUAGAAGCCUUUGUCAAAGUAAGGAGAAGACAAAAGUUCCAUAAAAAUGAUGUACAUAAGUAUUUUUUUUUAUCGGUAAUGAUGUACAUAAGUAUUGACUGUACUCCUGAUAAAUUGGCCUUUAUGUACUGAUACGCAUUGUUUGUUGCUCUCUUUCUUUUUCCUCAUUGAUGCUUGGCUUAGGUGUUUUUGUUGUUUUAUGUUAUAUAUCAUAUUCAUAUUCAUAUAUAAGAUAUGAACAAUUGUAGUUGAGUAGUUUUAUUUGUAAUUUUGUAGAUUAUUUAUAUUAUAUAUGUAUAGAUUUACAAAUUACAAUCAUGUGGGUGUAGGUGUGUUUGUGAUUAGGAUAAGAAGUGAGGGUGCCAGUUCUAAUUAUGUUUGUAAUAAUUGCUUACUAAAUGAAAUUUUUGUAUUUUUAGCCUUGAAAAUAGCAUAAAAGUCAAUGAUAUUUUACAAAACAUGUUUUAGGUGCCACGGUGUUGAUUAAAAAGCAUUGUGCCACAUGUUUGGUUGCAUUGCCAUAUUCGUAUCAUAUUUGUAUCACGUAUCUGUAUAUGUGCUUCAUGGUUGGUAGUUCUACCAUACUUAUAUAUGUUGAAUGAAACCAUCGGCUCCAAGCUUGUUUGAGUGAUGUUUUUUUUUUUUUGUGGUGUGUAUAUAAUUGAAAGUAGCAAAUAUAUAUAUAUAUAUAUAUUCACAAACAUGUAUACACACAUCAAAGGAUUGGUCUUUUCUGUAACUGAUUUCAUGCGUUGACUGUAUAUUGUAGUUGAAGAUUUGAGAACCUGAUUCUUGGGGGGGAAAAGACAAGGGAUUGACCUUCCAAUGGGGUCGUUUUAGACAUUUUGAUUAUUUAAGUUGAUGUCAAUACCUCCAGAUGGUGGGAGUUUGGCUGGCUAGAUAUUGGUUUCUCACUAGGGUAGGGUAUCCCAGGAAGCAUCAUAAAGAACAAUUUAUGGAUAUAGGCAUUGAUCAUGGCUUGCAACUUUCAGUUGGUAGCAUAUUUUUCUUUUUUCCACUUCUCUGUUCUUUUUUCUUUAUCUUUUUCUUUUUAAUUUUUAGCAAAAUAUCAUGUGUUAAUGACUCAACUGACCAACCCUUAUUGGAUCAUUGAGUGCAUAUACUUACUGCACAUUGUUUUGUUGUUAUGGGGUGAUCAUGACAUGUGUUCAAUGUUAACUACUCUUGACUGAAGAUUUUUGUUUAUUUCUUCAGAAACCACAGUUCAAGAUGAACAAUGGAGUGUUGGAUAUGAUAUUUUUUUUUUAGCAACACAUGUAGGUGGUUUCUAGAGCAGUUAUUUUCCUUCGGGGUUUCUCAUAGCUGGGUUACAAGUGCAUUAAAUAUGCAGGGUGUGCAAUGAACAUACAAACUAUUAGGAGGUCUAAUCCCGUUUUUAUUUCAAUAUCUGUUCAUAUCUGUGUUUUUGUUUUUGUGUUCGCUUGCAUGCAUUUGUUUUGACCUUUUUACCACUUUGAGCUUAAUUUAAAACAGGAGAAUAUUUAGAUUUAAAUGAAAAGGGUAGCACUAGGUAAAAACAAUGGAUUGAUUAGUUUGUAUCAAACAUGUCCUGUGAUUAACUCUGGUUCUUGUUGGCAUUAAUGCUAGUGAUGCAUGGUAUUCCUGCAAUCUUUGACAUCUUCUGUUAUCCGUGUUGCUUAUCCUGUGCUUUUUUUUUGCAGAGAAACAGCUCAGACUGGUGGGACUCCUGGAGCACAAAACAAUAUGGGACUGGAGUUGUUGAUGAAUGUGUUUGGUGGACUCGGAGCUGGGGGCUUAAAUCUUCCAAAUACACCUGAUGUGCCUCCAGAAGAGCUUUAUGCUACUCAACUGUCACAGCUUCAAGAAAUGGGUUUCUUUGAUACCCAAGAGAAUAUUAGGGCAUUACGGGCCACCUCAGGAAAUGUUCAUGCUGCUGUGGAGCGACUUUUAGGGAACCCUGGCCCGUAGUCAGUACACCUAUUUUGAAAUUUAAUCAAAGAUUCAGUUGGGCAUGUAAAAGUUAUCGAUUUGGACCAGUGUCUCAUAAAAGACAAGAUGUGUUGGCACUUUCAAUUCCAUUUUGGGCUGUGUGAAUAAGAAAGUACACACUUCCAUGGUAAGAGGUGAACUUGGUGGACAAAGGCUUUUUCUUUACCAGGCAGUUACAUGCCCUCUCUCUCUCUCCCUCCCUCCCUCGCUCUCUCUGCCAGUGCGCUGAUGUACAUACACAUUUAAGUAAUUCUUCUGUGAAAUAUUUUCAGAUUUUAUGGAUAUUGAAGGAUGUUGUGAUGCAAUUCUUGCCCUGUUCCAUUUUGAUAUUUAGUUGAACAGCAUUUGUUUUGGGAA